UCCCCUCUCUCGAUCUUCCUGUCUCUUACUCCCCCCCCUCUCUCUCUCUCUCUCUCUCUCUCUCUCUCUCUCUCUCUACGCCUUGGUCCAGACCGAGCUUCGCCGCACGCCCCCGUCGCUCCCUGGCGCUGCCCCCCGCAUGCCGCCGUCGCUCCCUGGCGCGCGCACUUAAACGAGUAAAAAUGUCCGGAGAAACCAACUGUACCUAGUGCAGUUUGCUGAGGGGAUGAUGAUUGCUACUGAAGAUUCCAAGGUGACAUACAUACCUCAAUCUGCAAUACAACAAUGGAAGCCAUAGAAGGGAUGGCCCGUCUAGAAGUGCCUCUAAUUUCUGUUGCUGAUGAUGUUGGCACAUCUAGUGAAAAGGUCAAUAGCGGAAUUGCUGAGGAGGCUACUAGUUCAGUCACCGAAUCGAGUAUGAAUGUGGAUUGUUGGAUUAAAGAGGUGGAGAAAAAAUGCAAGGGCGCAUCCGAAGGUUUGCUAUGGCAGUCCAAGAUGCCCGACGAUAAAGGAGAGCAGUUAUCUCAACAAAGGGCAGUGGCGAUAGGGCCAUUUAAUAGGGACAAGAGCACACAUAUUACUGAUAAAGAAAAAUAUUUGAUUGUCCACCUGAUGAAUAAUCUAUACGAUCAUCUUGACUUGGAAGGCUGCUUCAAAAUGAUAAAAAAUCAAGUAGUAGAUGCUCGCAAAUGGUACUCCGAUUCAGAUAUGCCUGAAAGCUUUGGCUCUACAAAUGACAACACAUUUGCAGAGAUGCUGCUGCUAGAUAGCUGCUUCAUCUUGUUUAUGUUGACGUCCAUCAGUGAGAUUCAUAGUAAAGUGACUCGUGAGGGAGUGAUUCUACAUAGACAUUAUUGUUCAAAGAGCCUAAAGAUUAUGCCGGGUAAGCUGUUUGGAGCCGAUUCUUCAAAGAAGCAGGAGAUUAAGCUGGCUCUAGACGUCGUGCCUAGAUUUGCCGGCAUAUUACGUCACAAAGACAUGAUCAUGGUGGAUUUGCUGACCCUCCAAAACCAAAUCCCUUUCUUUGUGAUCGAGGAGCUAUUUAAGAAGCUCCAGUUGGAGAAUCCACUCCAUAAAUAUGCCCUCAAGUUCUUCAAGACAGUCCAUCCAAGGUCCACGCAAGGUUGCAAGGGCAAAAAUAGUCCUCCCAAAUUCCUACAUUUGCUCCAUCUUUUCCACUGGUCUCGAGUCCCAAAGAAUAAGUGUGAUGUACUUAGAUCAUGGCGUCCCCAGCUAGAUGAUUUUUACUGGGAUUGCAAAACUCCGAGUGUGAUGGAACUUGGAAAAUCCGCCACAGGGUUCAGAAAGAAAACAUCAGGCAGCUCACUGGAUAUCUCAUUUGGGAGGGGUAGGCUUCUACCCAUUGUCCCGGUGCUCAACAUCCCACGCUUACACAUCCGUGAAUAUAGCAGCCGCAUCUUCCGUAACCUCAUUGCUUUUGAGAUGCAACGUCCAAGAUCGGAUCGCCGCACCAUGGCUUUUUCUGUAAUUAUGCAGAACUUGCUGCAAAGCGAGGAAGAUGUGAAGCUGUUUCGGCAAUGUGGCAUUUUGGCGAACACAUGCAUGACCGACAACAAAAUCGUUAAUUUUUUCAAAAGCUUGAGUCUAUCGAUCGGAAAGGAUGAUAUGCCAAUCGAUGUGUAUGUCUUUUGUCAUCAGGUCCUGUCUUACCACAAUGGUCGAAUCAGUUGAUUCCGUGCCAACGCCAUUCUCAAGUACUUCCCCAACUGGUGACUUUUUCUGUGUUCCCAGCUCCCAUGCUUGUUGUUCUUACCCUCCAGCAAACCCUAUAUUCUAUGCUCAGCUUCUAUAUAUCAUUGUUGAAUGCCCCAAAUUCUACUCAGUAUGAUGGUAAUGCAUGCAUAUAUAUAUUAUCGAACUAAAAAACAUUUUGUACCAAUGUUUAUGGACCACCAUCUUGGGAUGGAAAAGAA